AUGUCCGGUCCGUCCUCUUCUUACGCGGAGAUUGCUCCGCCCAGCGUUGCCGACAGCGAUGAAAUCGAUUCCCUCCCGUCCUCAUCCGCCGGCUCAUCCACCUCCGUCUCUCCCAGCGAGGAGUCCGAUGCCGAGCGAGAAUGGCGGGAAAGUCUACAACAGUUGGAAUUGCUAUUGACAAUGGUGUUGGUGCCGUACCUCGGCAAGUACUUUGGAAGGAAAUGUGCAUAUUGGGGCUGGGCCAAGUUUAUGGAGUGGAAAUAUCCCGUCAGCGUGGAAAUUACGAACCCAGGACUCUUCAAGGCAGCUGGUGCUGUCGAGGCCGUUGCUUCGCUGUGA